AUGCGCCCUCGCUCGCCCCGUUCUCGCCAACGCUCCUUCAUCACAUCUCCAUUCUCACUCGCUGCGGUCCUCGCCACCCUUGCCUGCCUCGCCAGCGCCUCAGCAGCUCCUUUACUUGACGCCAGAAACGCGACAGCCCUGUAUUCGGCGCAAAGCUCGACCCAGGCUUCCUCGUCUGCCCAAACAAGCGCCUCGAGCGCGACUCUUCCUCUCAUUGGUCUGAAUGCGACGGUGACGCUUGACGGUAAUGUUGGAGUGGGUGCAGGCUUUGCGGUAGAGACAGGAGCGGCGCGCCCGGCGAAGACGGGAGGAUUGGCGGUAAUCCCGACAGCAGCAGCCAACGCGACUGUCGCGAGAAGUGCGACGACGGGUCGUCUGCAGGCCGUGCAGACGGCGUCGAGGAACGGUACGGUGUCGUCGCCAGUCGGGACCGGUAGGCAUCGCCCGACCCUCAUCGCCUCGACCGGCGCCGCGAACUCCUCCCUCCCUUCCUCCACACACUCUCUACCCGACUCUACGGUCACCGCCACCGCGAAGCUCACUUCUACCGCACACAACUCGACGCGUACACUCGCGCCCUCCCGCAAUUCUACGCACUCUCUUUCCGCUUCGGCCAACUCGACUGCCACGUCCACCAGGAUCGCUUCGAACACCGGUCGCAAUUCGACCAGCGUCACCACCUCGCGUUCCUCUACUUCUCAUCAAAAGUCGACCACCACCGAGCCGGCCUCUACAAGUCGAACGACUUCCGCACACCGCGCUCCACCCGUCUCAACGCACAAACCGUCUCUCACUUCGACUCGCUCUGCCGCCUCCGAUGCAUCUCCGACACGACCGUCAAAGCCGCAGGCGACUCGAUACGGAGAUGCGCCUGCGAAGGGAUGCAAGAAGCCGCCCUCGACCUUUGCCGGUACAAGCGCAGGGUUCGCCUCGCUGUGCCAAGUCCGGUACUGCGAUGCGCAACCGACGCGGAACAUGGCUUGGAGCGGCGUUGAUGGCGACGUGACGCGGACCGAGAUCGAGACUGCGCUGGGCAUGCUCAAGCAGCUGGAACCGCUCUGGGCGAAUGGGCAAGAUAACGUCCUCUCGACGGGCUAUCUCGGUCAGGCGGCGCACGAUGCGGGAUUGUUGUACGAGGUUACGGGCGACAUCCGCGCGCUCGAUGUCAGCAUCCAGGUCGCCGACAAUAUCCUCGCCCUUCAGAACGCGAACACGCCCGGCGGCGGUGUGACCAUCUGGACCGGCGCAAAGGACAGCGUCUGGCCGCCUGGGAACUUGAACCCGCCCGAAGGCCAGCUCGUCUACGCCGGCUGCGAGCAGGGCUUGAUCGUCGGCAACAUGGUGCAGGCCGCCAACUAUAUCCUCAAGUCUCCCUGCCUGUGGAACAAGGUCCCGCCCGUCUUUCAAGGCCCAACGGUCUUCAACGAGUCAGCAACGUACUACGACCGAGCCCUCGCGUACAUCAAGGCCGCCGACGACACCUACGAAAGCUUCUUCUUCCGCUUCCUCGACUCGAACCUCUCGAUCAUCCAGCCAAACGACCCACGCUGGGACCUGACGGGCGACAGUCGCAAAUCCGGCACGCCUAUGCCGUGGAACCGCCGCAUGCUCGUCCUGCACGGGUACAUCCAGCUCGCGAUCGCGCACGAGUCGCCCGCCGUGUUCGACGCGAAGAAGACGGCGUUGUACGAUACCAUCGUCAAGCGGAACGUGAUGGACUUUCUGAUGGCGCUCAACGAGAAGAAGUCGGUCGUCAACGGCAAGAUGACGUUCAACUGGGACUACUCGGCGGGCGAGGAAGGCCACACGGAGGAGAGUCAGGGAAUCCACGCUUUUUAUGAUGUGCUAGGCUCGUGGCGCGCCUGGCAGCGCAACAGUGCAGUCUUCGGCCUGUCGAACUACAUCGGCUACACCUUCGCCAAUACCUUCGAGAACACGAUCUCGUUGGGCAACGGUUCUUUCGCCGGCCUCGUCACAGGCGACUCCAGCAAGAAGGCCUACACCGUCAACCAGCUGUAUGCCGGCUGGUCGUUCUACGCGCUUUGGCUGCCGGAGUGGUUCAAGACGGUUGCCGAAGCGAAUGUCGCCUCCGGCUUCCAAGGUCGUACUUGGCUGGCUAUUCCGCUUCUUUGGACGAAGCACGCCGUCGCCAUCAACGACAUGACCUUCUGGUCCGGGCUCUUCUCGAGCGGCUUUGGCGUGGUCGUCGGCACGGAGUCAACCUCUUCGCGAGGUUCAUCAGCAAGCGGAGUGCACUCGGCCUCGCCUCGUGUCGCCGCCACCCCUGCGACCGCAGCUCUCGCCUCUCUCGUCCUCCUCGCCGCUGCGAUUCUUCUCCAGGCGAUGUAG